GUCAAUUUCAUAAACAUAUUUUUUGUCGAUUCACUAUUCAUGUACAGUGAUUAUUAGAGAGUUCCGAAUGAAAAUGACGCCAAUAACUUGACAAAAUCUGUGUUGAAAUUUUGUGGAAAUAUUUCUAAUUUGUAAAUCGUAUUUACCGUAUUUAGAGUAUGACGUAUUUGUAUGGAACGUAUUCGUAUUGAGGAAUUAAAUAUGGAACGUUAUGAUGUAUUGAACUUUAUUAGAAUAUAUCACUGUGUUUACUGUGUUCACUGGAUAUAAUAAAGAUUAAUAAACUUUCUCUGGAAUACGCAUUUGCCUUAGUAUAUUUCCACACCCUAAGUUUCUAGCCAACACAUUAUUUACAAAUUAGAACUCUUUAUAGUCUAAGAUGGAUGACAAACAAGAUAUUGUGGAUGAAAAACGUGAGAGAACACUUACUGAAAAGGGACUAGAGUAUACAUUGACUUUGAAACAGGCUGAACGAUCAAGAUUGAUUAAGGUUUUAACUGUUACAAGUAAUGAUUUACAAACUUUGAUGCAACGUUCAACAGACCCAAAUGAAGUUAAACCUACAUAUUCUAAGUGGUUGUCUGAAUAUGAGGAACUAUUAAAUAUUCAUGAUCAAUAUCAAAAGCUUACUGAAAAUCCUAGUGAAAAACAACUUGACGAUGCAUGGUUUCAAGAAAGACAUGAUAAAUUUAUCUCUUCAAAACAAUCUGCACAGCAGUGGUUUUCCGUUAACAGUCAGAAGCCAGCUCGGUCCGUAAAAUCUCAUAGAAGUUCUAGAUCCGGGAGUUCUAGAAGCAGUUCCGUUUCAAGUCAAAUAUCCAUGGCAAAACUUAAAGAAGAGCAGCGGAAGGCUGAACUUUUAGCACGUGAAAAGUCUCUUGAAGAAAAGAAAUUUAUCGAAGAAGAAAAAUUAAAGUUAAGAUUUAAAGAAGAGGCACUUGAAAUUAAAACGGAGUUACAAGUAACUGACGCAAAAACACGAGUGAUAGAAGAAUUAGAAAGAAGCAUGUUAGAGGACCAGCAACUUGAGCAAAUUAUGGUCAAAGAUAAACAGUGCGAUAAAGUUGACAAUUCACAAAAAGAUACUGAAAAUUCGCUAUUGAACCCUACCGUUCCGGCAUUCAUUCCGGAAGUAAAAAAGGAACGGUUAGCGUUUGAAACUAAAAGAACACGCAAAACAUUUCAAAGUGAACAAGAUGACGAUAAACCCCCUCAUGUUGAAGCAAAGAACAAUAUUAUUGAUUACAAUGCGCAAUAUUCAAUUGCUCGUGAGCUUAAUAAGCCAAAGGCUGAUAUACAGAAAUUUGAUGGCAGCCCUAUGAACUAUAAGGGAUUUAUAAGACAAUUUAAUGCACGUGUUGAAACAAACACUGAUUCUUUCGAAGAACGAAUUAACUUCUUGCUACAAUUUACAAUCGGCGAACCGCAUAGAAUAGUUCUUGGUUUCUCGCACUUGGACGCUGAAAUAGGGUAUACAGCUGCUUUGAACGAGUUCAAAGACAGGUACGGCGACCCCGACAUAAUAGCACAUUCAUACGUACAGCGUGCAAUGAAUUGGCCCUUUAUAAAGGCAGAUAACCCAAAAGCCCUAGAUGACUUUGCAAUAUUCUUGCAAGAGUGCAUGUACGCCGUAAAUUAUGUAGAUGCGGCAAAAGUGUUAGAGUAUUCAGAAAAUUUAAAACUCUUGAUACAGAAACUUCCAUUUUAUAUGCAAGAAAAGUGGAGGAAUGUAGUAUACGAGACAAAAAGCCGCAAAAAUAUCGUUACAUUCAGUCAUUUAGUAGAAUUUGUGAAAAAAGAAGCUAAAAAGGCAAACGAUCCUGUUUACGGCAAAGACGUUUUAAACACACAAAUAGGAAAAAAUGUGAAAAGAUUACAAGAAAAUAACAUGAAAUCUAGAUCUCAAGGAUCUAAAACAGCUGUAACUGUAACUUCUGAACCCAAGGCAAGUACAUCUAGUGUAGGUCAGCAAAAUGAAACAUCGUCUGCUCGAUACAGAAAUGCAUUUUCUAAGCCGUGUAUCUAUUGUGAAAACGCAACUCAUUCUCUGAACAAGUGUGACAAAAUCAUAAAACAGUCGCUGAAAGAUAGAUAUACAUUUCUUAAAUCGAAGGGCGUAUGUUUCUCAUGUUUGAAGUACGGACACCAGAAAAUGUCAUGUCGUCAGAAAUCGUCCUGUACAGUAUGUCGAAAGGAACAUCCGUCUAUAUUGCAUGUUAAACCUCGAGAUCAGAGUCAAACUACCUUAAUAUAG